GGCAAAUUUGAGCAUGCGCAUACUUUUCCUCCUCCCCCACCCGUUUCUUGAUUGAAAAGCUUCUAAGGGGCUGGGGCAAUUGCUCAUAGCUCCGCCUUUGUUGAGAGCGUGUCGGCCUGUGGCUGUAGGAGCCGGCUAUGUCUACUUUGAUGAGGCCCAAUAAUAGUUCGGACCUGAAGAGUUUCCCUAGUCCCAUUACGUCACAAAGUAAUCCUUCAUCAAGUUCAUUUAUGAAUGAAACAUGUUGCCAGGCUCCACCAGCCUUCUAUUCAGUGAAACCCAUCCAGCAUAAAUCAGAGAUAAUCAACAGCCAGCCUCUUCCCAUAUCAGACAAUGGCAAAAGGAGAAAAAAAAAGAGAACAAGAGCUACAGAUCAUUUCCCUGGAAGGUUUGAAGAUUUGUACCAGCUCACUGCAGAGAUGCUGGGUGAAGGCUCUUAUGCCAAAGUCCAGGGAGCACUUAGCUUGCAGACUGGAAAGGAAUAUGCAGUUAAGAUAAUUGAAAAAAAUGCUGGACAUAGUCGGAGUCGGGUAUUUCGAGAGGUAGAAACCUUGUACCAGUGUCAGGGCAAUAAGAACAUUUUGGAAUUAAUAGAGUUUUUUGAAGAUAAUGUAAGGUAUUACCUUGUGUUUGAAAAACUGCGAGGAGGCUCUAUCCUGACUCAUAUACAGAAGCAAAAGCACUUUAAUGAGAGGGAGGCCAGCCAGGUGGUGAGAGACAUUGCCUGCGCUUUGAAUUUCUUGCACACAAAAGGUAUCGCACAUCGAGAUCUGAAGCCUGAAAAUAUACUCUGUGAAUCUCCCAAUAAGGUAUCACCUGUAAAAAUUUGUGACUUUGAUCUUGGAAGUGGGGUGAAACUCAAUAGUGCAUGCACUCCAAUCUCCACUCCUGAACUGACUACUCCAUGUGGGUCUGCAGAGUACAUGGCACCAGAGGUGGUGGAGGUCUUCACAGAAGAAGCCACAUUCUAUGACAAGCGAUGCGAUCUCUGGAGCCUAGGUGUGAUUUUGUAUAUCAUGCUAAGUGGCUACCCUCCAUUUGUGGGUAAUUGUGGUACAGACUGUGGCUGGGACAAGGGAGAAGUCUGCAAAGUUUGUCAGAGUAAGCUUUUUGAGAGUAUCCAGGAAGGCAAGUAUGAGUUUCCUGACAAGGAUUGGUCCAGCAUCUCCGGUGAAGCCAAAGAUCUUAUCUCAAAGCUCUUGGUUCGUGAUGCCAAACUGAGGCUUGGCGCUGCCCAGGUUCUAGAACAUUCCUGGGUACAAGGGCAUGCUUCUGAAAGAGGAUUGCCUACACCCCAAGUUCUUCAAAGGAACAGCAGCACAAAAGAGUUGACUCUUUUUGCUGCAGAAGCCAUUGCUCUGAACCGCCAACUCUCCCAGCAUGAAAAUCAACUCAGUGAAGAACAGGAAAGUCUCACACAGGCCAUAUGCUCCAUGAAGCUUUCUCCUCCCUCUAAAUCCCGCCUGGCUAAGCGUAGAGCCAUGGCUCAGGCUACCAAAUCCACUGACUUCCAGCCAGCUCCUCAGGCAGCUCUUUAAUAUACGUUUUAUGUUUGUUAAUCCAAGGUUAGCUUUGGUUAUGACUGUUGUAAGGCACUCGUCACUGAUCAGUGUAUUAGUGCCCUCUCUUUACAACAAAGAAACUUUAGAACCUUGGAGGAGAACGAUGGAAUGAUGGAAUUUUUUUUUUAAAUGGAUAAAUGCUUUGAGUUCUGUGAAGUUCUUAGAUGAAAUUGCUGCUCUGUUGCAGUGUAACAAACCACUUAGGCAAUAUUUGCACACUGUCCUCCAAAACCAGAGGAUACAUCUCUGUUGCCAAGCCUUGUAACCAAUAGAAGGCUGAAUUUAAAGGGCAUUGAGUGAGCUUUCAGUACUUUUACAACUCCUAGUCCCUACUUGCAGUCACAAAAAAAUUGUAAUAGGUUUCUUUUAGAAAAAUUUCGUCCUGCCUUUUUUUUUUUUUUUUUAGCUUUCUUUGUCUAAUUAGCAGUUUGAAUUAAACUUCAAAAGACAUGAAUAGUAACUCAUUAUUGUUGGGUUACUUCUAAUGUUGUUACCCUUUGUAAUAUUACGGGGACGUCUAUUUAAGAAUGAAGGUUAUUUAAUCUGGAGUUUCCUUCUUUCCUUUCUUCCUUUCAUCAGAAAGGAUACAUUACAUGAAAGUGCUGUGAUAAUAUAAAGCAUUUUUUUUAAAGAAACUGUCUACAAUAAAAAAAAGUGGUGACAGAU